CUGCGUUGUUGAAAUGGACCGAAGAGGAGAAGAUGGACCACCUGGGACAGCAUGUGUCUUUGAGCCUAGGACGUGACAUAAUGGCCAUCGUGGCCGCGAGCCGGUCUUGGAAAGAAACCCGGGAUGUGAUGAUGAGAAAGUACCUGGCAGCAGAGAAGAUGGGAACGGAGGCCGAUUUAGCGACAGUCCAGAGAAAGAACUUCGCGACGUACAAUGACUUCCUACGAGAAUUUACUUUGGUAGCACUAAGAAUCCCCGGGGUUACGGACCGAAUAAUGAGUAAGUACUUCCUCAGACAGUUCUCCAAGUUCGACAAGGACAAGAUCCUGUCAGCUUACCAACAAACGAGCAAAUUUAUAAACACUAGGGAUGUUGAUUUCAGUACGGUAACGGAUCUGGCCGAAAAGACGGUAGUGACCGAGACAUUGGCCUUGCUUAAGGAAGAAGCCGAACCGGUGGGCGACAUCAUCUGGGAUCAACGCCAGGGGCGCGGGCCGCAUGUCAAUUUUAUUUUGGAAAACGACGGACGUGAUAGGGUGAACGCGACUACUCGGCUAGGAACGGCUGUGAGAAGGAUUAACCGCGACACCGUGAUGGAGGAGGUUGCUGGAAGUUCGGAACCCCAGGCAGAGCCUAAGGCCGAGGAACCGGAGAAGGUCUAUGGGAAACCCAGGGAAGAGGAGCCUACCGACAAAGUUACCGCUGCCAAGAAGAAGUUUAGGUACCAAAUCCCGAUCUUAUCCUUGCCGGAAAUCGACGACACCAUUAGCAAGUUACUAGGAACCAUGGUGUCGGUGUCUUUUCAGACUAUGCUGCAGGCUAGCCCUAGGUUGCUCAAAGGGCUUAGACAACUGUUGACCCGGCGGCGAGUAGAAAUAGGCGACAACCCCGAGUUACCAGAAGGGGAGAGGGAGGAGGAGGUUCCGCAAGAAGUGGCUAACCAGCAGAGGAGUCGCGGGGACUUGGAGGAUCUCGAGAACGCUUUUGCGGACAUUCGUUUGAGUUUGCCCGACCGAGAGGGCGGCGAGGUCAUGAGGUCACCACACGGGACAAAGCUUAGCUUUCAUGCAUUGCCCGUAGGAAAGCUGAAAAUCCAGAUCGGGACUCGUCAUACCAAUGCAUUAGUAGACGAGGGAGCAGAAAUCACUCUCAUAAGAAGAGAUUUCGCAACGAUCACGGGGUGUACGGUAAACAAGGAAGUAACGGGAAGCAUCCGGGGGGCUGGCGGGGAAAUACUGUUCGCUGGGUACGUCACGAAGUGUGCUGUAAAGGUAGGGGUCAGGGAGUCGAUUGGGUCGUUUCAGCGGAUGACCGUAAUGGAGGGAAUGGACCACGACAUAAUCCUCGCAAGACCGUGGUGCGCGAACGUGGAGAUGAUAGGCAUGCACUUGCACGAUGGCUCAUACAUGGUAGACAUAGAGGACCCUGUGACUGGCCGGGGAACGCUCCUCCGACUCCUUGGAACGGGAGGCCCCGAAAGGGGAAAUUGGCAACAUGGUCGCCGUCGUUCGAAGAUAGCACGCGGAAAGGGGCUUUCGCACGGGUGGAGGGACAUGUUCCCAGAAAACUGUGAACCUUACAUCGAUGACAAUCCGAUCAAAGGCGCGCAGGAGAAGGAUGAGACGGAAGUCCAUCAAGGGAUCCGACGUUUUGUGUGGGACCACCUGCAGGACAUCAAGGACUUACUCCGACGGUUCCUAGUAUACAGCAUUACGGCUAGUGGACCGAAGAGUAUCCUAGCAGUACCGGAGGUAACUAUACUAGGAUUUCGUUGCGGAGCUUACGGCAGGAAGCCGGACCCGGCAAAAACCGACAAGAUAUCACAAUGGCCGACACCGUUGCGCACGACAACGGAGGUAAGGGCAUUCCUAGGCGUAGUCGGCUUUUGGAGGAUCUUCAUUAAGAACUUUGCCAAAAUUGUUGAGCCUAUCCGGGCUAUGAUCAGGGAAGAAGAAGCCAUGGAUUGGACGGAGGAGCGAGGAGCUGUCCAAAGGCUCAAGGACAUAUUGACAUCUGAGACAGUCGCCCUGUCCGCGCCUUGUUUUAAUGACGAAGUGGGACGACCCUUCGUCCUAGAGACGGAUGGAGGACCUUUGGUCGUAGGAGGUGUGUUGAUUCAAAGGGAUGAGGGAGGAAAAGAGAGGCCGAUUAGGUUCGAAAGUAGAACCCUGAACUCCGCAGAACGGCGGUACUCGCAAUUCAAGAAGGAAGUCCUAGCCAUCCUGCAUUGCCUUAAGACCUUCCAGGCCUACCUAUUCGGGAGGCGGUUCAUCUUAAGGAUCGAUCCGUCGAAUGUCACAGGGGCUCUAAAGAAUUACAGGCCUAUAGAUCCGACGUUAGGGAGAUGGGUAGGAUUCAUCUGGCAAUUCGAUUACAAGAUCGAACGGAUUGCUGGAAUCCGCAACAAGGCAGAUGGGUUGAGUCGGGUUUGCAUCACUCCCGAAGGGAUGGAGGAUGCAGAGCCCAUAGACGCCUUCCUCAAAUACGAAGGAGGGACUCUCGCGGUGGAUAACGAAAUGAUGAGCGAGGGAUGCAUAUCGGGAGAACUAUUGAUCCUGACUUUGGAGAAGGGAGCACCUGCCAUAGUAGCAGAACUUAGAGAAGGACCAGUUACCACUCGGGGACGCAGAGAAGAAAAAGACUCAUGGGGAGCGAUGGUAGGACCGAAAGAGGAACUAAUGGCAAUGGCGGUCGAGGGAGGCCGGGAGGCAGUGAUGAGCUUAGUGGAAUCUUGGGAAAGGAAAGAGUUGCAAUGGGUGGUAAACCAGAUGCAGGAAGGAAAGGAUGGCGGCCAGGAAGGAGAGGAGUUUUUCUAUGUCCAAUCAUACGGAGGGUUCUUUCGGGAGAUCAGGUUGUUGUUGGUAGGAAACAAACAACCUACGGAAGUCAGUAUUAAAGCAAGAGAAAAAGCCGAAAGGUACGUCCUAAGGGGCGGGCAUUUGUUCCGAAGGGAGGAAGGUGCUGUGCCCAGAAGGGUUGUGUGCGGAAGAUCUAGGCAAGUAGACGUUAUCCAGGCAAUGCACGACGGGCUAGCUGGAGGUCAUCGGUCGUCCAAAGGAACACUUGCAAAGAUAACACCGCUCUAUUAUUGGCUAGGCAUGGCAGGCAUGAUCGCCAUAUACUGCCAGACUUGCCUUAUUUGCCAAGAACGAAGCUCGAUGCGGGUCUUCGAGCCGCUUAGACCAACGCGGGUGCUAGGGCCGGGACAUCUGGUCCACCUCGACCUUGCGGUCAUGCCUGUAUCAACGGAUGGGUACAGGUAUAUCCUGGAUGCGCGAGACAACUUGAGUGGGUUCGUGGAGGCAGUCGCCCUCAAAAAAAAGAUAGGGAGGAGUGUGGCGGACUGGAUAGAAGACUUAUACUUAAGGCAUCCGUUCGUCAGGAGGUUUAUAGCAGACAAUGGGACGGACUUUGUGAACCAAGAAGUAUUGGGGGAUGCUUAAGAGACUCUGCGUUCCAAUCAAACUCAUCGAGCCGU